AUGAUGUUCUUCGCGGGUGUAUCAGUAAUCGUCGACGGCAAGCUCGUGCACGCCACCACCUCCCCGACUACUGCCAGCGCCAGCGGGUACCACUUGCUUGUUGUUGAAGGCCAGUCGUGCACUCCAGAACCUAUUAAGUCUCGCUGUUUCAUAAUCGGAGGCCAUCGCUGGUACAUCAUGUUCUACCCCAAUGACGAACACCUGAACAACAAUGGAUAUAUAACCCUUUGGCUUCACCUCCAUAAGGAAGAGGCACCGGCUACGGAGACCGUGAAGGCACAGUUCAAGUUCAGUUUCGUUGACGAGACCGACAAGCACAAGCCGGCAUGCAUCCAUGGUAGAAAAGUAUCCGAGUUUGAAGCUGGCGGCAACGACGAGGGAUGGGAGGCAAUGGGGAAAUCUGAACACCUCAAGGACGACAGUUUCACCAUCCGGUGCGACAUCGUGGUUGUCACGGAAGAAGUGAUCACCACCACCGGACCCACGGCCACCGCUUCUUCGUUAAUUGUGGUGCCGCCGUCCAACAUGCAACGAAACUUCACCGAUCUUCUCCUGACCGGAGAGGGCACCGAUGUGGCCUUCCGAGUCGGCGGCGAGACGUUUGCCGCCCACCGAUGUGUUCUCGCGGCCCGGUCUACCGUCUUCAGGGCGUUGCUCUUCGGUCUGAUGAAGGAAGGCACGUCCGCCAUGGUGCAGAUAGAUGACAUGAAUGCAGCAGUGUUCAAGGCGAUGUUAGGAUUCAUCUACGGAGACUCACUUCCUGCACCAGCAGUGCAGGACGAGGACGUCGUUAUGCUGCCGCACCUUCUUGCUACAGCCGACAGGUACGACCUGCUGAGGCUGAGGAUGAUGUGGGAGAAGAAGCUGUGCGAGCACAUCAACGUGAGCACCGCGGCAGUCAUCCUGGCGCUCGCCGAGCAGCACGGCUGUGAAGGGCUGAAGAAGGCAUGCAGCGAGUUCCUCCGGUGUCCAGACAACCUGAGAGCGGUGCUAGCCACGGACGGCUUUGAUCAUUUGUGCAGGAGCUGCCCCACUCUCAUGAAGGACAUGAUCCUUGGUGUGCUGCCGGCUAAGUAG